UUUGGGUAGUCCCGCCUCCAGCGCGUAAAAAGGAGCCGACGCACUUUUACGCACUGCAUUCAGCUGGAGCUCAAGAGGAUGCCGGAGACGUACCUGUUUUAUCUGCUGCGUUCAGACAUACCCUUUCCGAAACGAUGUCUAUGGUCGGCUGUGAUUCUCUAGGGGGGUUGACAAACAUUGUUGGAGGGAUGCUGGACUUCAACGUCUCCAGGUCAUUGCGUGAAAGCAAUGUCACCAAAAAUUCCAGUUGUGGAUCUGUAUCAGUUGGUUUCCCUAUAACCAUGAUGAUCACUGGCAUGGUGGGCAACACAUUAGCUCUUAUUCUGGUGUAUGUUUCAUACAAAAAGAAGGAAAAUAAAAGGAAACAGUCUUUCUUGCUUUGCAUUGGAUCACUGGCGUUAACUGACUUGUUUGGACAACUUUUGACAAGUCCAAUAGUGAUAUCAGUUUACAGAGCUGACCUGAAGUGGGAGCGCAUCGACUCAUCGGGCAAAUUAUGCGGUUUUUUCGGUGUGUGCAUGACAACUUUUGGCCUGUGCUCUCUCUUCUUGGCCAGCGCCAUGGCAAUUGAAAGGGCUAUGGCGAUAACAAAUCCCCACUGGUACUCCAAUCACAUGAAGACAAGUGUGACAAAGCAGACUUUGGCGGUCAUCUGGUGUCUUGUGUUGCUCUUUGCGCUGCUACCCAUAGCAGGGGUCGGGGAAUAUACACGCCAGUGGCCGGGCACCUGGUGCUUUAUCAGCACGGGGGACAGGGAAGUCCCGGGCAAUAUGUUUUUCGCCAUCACUUUUGCUGUACUUGGGAUUUUCUCUCUGCUUGUUACACUUUCCUGCAAUGUAGUGACAAUCCGUGGCUUAAUUAUCCGGUGUAAAACAAAGUCUGGCACCUCUCAGUCUUCAAAGCAGUGGGAACGGCUCACCACGGAGACCGUCGUUCAACUGUUAGGGAUUAUGUGCGUCCUGCUUAUAUGCUGGUCUCCACUGCUGGUGCUGAUGCUGAGGAUGAUCUCCAACCAGGUAUCAUCCCACGAGUGCAACUCCACAAAAGUGACCUCCAGUCACAGCUCUAGCAAGGACAUCCAGUUAGACUGUAACUUUUUCCUCACUGCAAUCCGCUUGGCCUCCCUCAACCAGAUCCUUGACCCUUGGGUCUAUCUGCUCCUCAGAGAGAUCCUCCUCCGCAAGUUCUGCUUAGUGGCUAAUGCAGUGUCCAACUGCUCCGUAGAGGAACCAAAGGAGACCCAGACGGCAUUGGAUGCCCUCAACAAGCAGCACCAGCAAGAAAGCAAAAACCUUGAUAAACCACAAGGUAGCAAGGAUGUCAACAUUUGACAGGGAUUUCUUUGUUGUCGCUCUCAGUCUAGACAUAUAGGAUGGAUAAGAAUAUGGAAACACGAUUUUCAUGGAUCUGUCCUUGAAUCAUGUUCCCAAAUGGUCUCUCCCUGUUCUGGCCAGAAGGAUGUUGUACAGUGGCCUCAGUUGCAGCCUUAAUAAGAACAAGCCAAGUCUGCUCGGGGUGCUUUACUUUGCUAAAACCCAUUCUAAUCAAAGUCACCUAACCAGCAUGUGGAUGCAUGACCUUAUCACAUGUUACAUUUGGCUGCAGCUCAGCUGCCAGGAACUCCCUGUUUGUAGGUUUUCUGUUUUGACAACAGCAUCUCCCAGGCUCAAGACCAAGAUAUGGGUGGACUUAUAUGGAAGUGAUCCAUUUCGUGCUCCUGCAUAUUGCUUUCAACAAAUUGAAGCCAUAAACCAGCUAAGGACUAAGGAAUUUUCCGUAUGUCUAAUCUAUUAAGAUAGAAACUGUACAUUUGUAUAUAUUAAGAUGUAAAUAGGACUGCCAUAUCUUACAUUAAAUGUAGUCAUGGAGGUUGUUCUGAAAAAAAUACAAAUCCUAAACUGGAGUCGAUUGUUGAUUGUCAGAUUAUUUAUAAGUGUCUGGUGUUAUAUUUAGUGACUUCUACGCCGAAUGAUGCGACCUGCUGGGUAUCAUUUGUAAAUUGUAUAGUAUAAUGUAUGUUGUUUUCCUCGGCUAGCAGCCAAGAAAAUUACAUUUGAAGAUUGAAUGCAUUAGUAGGUUUUUUGUUCAAUUACAUGUAUUUUCUCAGCAAUGUUCUUUUCAGAAAAGCUUCAUGGCCACUCGUUUGAACCGAUUGUAUGAGGCAAAGAACUGUAAAUUUGUGUUUUCAGCAUUAUGAGAUUAUGGGUGGCAGGGUGGCAUUAUACUUUACAAGUCUAAUAAGCAGGGAAAUAAUGAAAUUAAGAAAGCCGUGUCCAAAUAACACACAGCAUAAAACAACUAAAACGUGAAAAGCUAUUUUAGCAUGCUUGUAACUCCUGUAUACGAGGGCUGAAGCUACAAAGAUAUGCUUUACUUACCCAGAUACAAUAAUUCAUGCUUGUAAUUCUGUGUUGGUAAAGUCCUUGAAAUGUUGAAUUUGUUGUUCCACACCUAUGUUUUGUUAUCAACCAAACUGUGUUCACCUAAAGCUACCUCUCAAUAUAAGUAAAUGUUAAUUUUCCUUUGAUGUGAUCAGUGGAAAUCACCAGAGGCCUGAGAUAAAAUUAAGAUACUUUUUAAUAAGGUGCUUUGUUCUUAGAGCCAAUUUACCAAGUUUGAGUGCUGUUGGCAGGCAAUGGCAAUCAAUUCCUUUACAGUCAUUUAAAUGUGAUCUUUUUUGGCUACGUUGUCAUGUAUAGCGCUGUAAAUAUAUUCAUAGAGGUCCAGCAUCUUGGGCAAAGACAUCUCAAGGAUGGACACAUUUUUUCUUUCGUGGUAACCUUCAGGUUAUGGGGACACUUUGUCACACUUACACAACUCUGCCUUCUCACGCAUCAACCAACAAGAUUAGAUAUGUUUGUAUUCUGCUUUGCCAAGUCUUGCCUUUGCCUCUUGAAUGUGAGAGUACAUACAAGCUCAGUGAUAAUGACACUAUAGGAAACACUUUUCUGUGAAACUCAUGUAAAAAAAAGAUAUAGAAUUAGUCUUAGAUGAAUCUGAUCAACUUGAAAUAUUAAUGUCGCCUGGUGAGGGGAAGCAAAAACAUAGAUGAAAUCAAAGCAUUUGUAUCUUGGACUAUAUUGCACCGAAAUACAGUACGUACAUCAUUAGGCAAUAUUCAGGAUUUUUCUGAAGCUCAUUGCUAGCUAUGAAUGUGCAGAAAUCUGUAAUAUGUUCCUCAACAAGUAAUCCGUUUCAAGUGCUAUUACACUAACAUGAUUGAUCAUUCUUAUGAUUGCUUCAAUAAGGUUGUGGAUCUGCAUGAUGAGUAUUUAUUCCAUGCAUAUGUUCAUCUGUUGCAACAGUUAAAUAAUCACUUUAACAGAAAGAUCUGGGCUUUAAGUCAGGCAUUUCAAACAAUGAGUACAUUUGUUCGCAGGUUACAGUGGGAUAUGGGUUUACGACAACUCAAUUAGCUUCAUUGUGAAUCUGCGUCAUGUAAUUAUCUCGGUUCUCUGUCCAGGAAACCUUGAAGCAUCCUGGUCUUUGAUAAAUAAAGAACAUGUACACAAAGUAAUUUCCCCUUGAGGUUAGCUGGCCUACACAUUGUUGAUUUUCCAUGGUGUUACAGCCAAACCCUGCAGUGGAAAGGAGAAUGGCAGAAUGAAAAGUCAUUACUUCUAAAUUGAAAACAUUACACCACCAUGGACACAGUAAAGGAAGGAGAGCGUUCUGUGUUUCUGUAGUGCAGCAGAGAUACUCAGGGAUAUGAUAAUGCAACCUCUAGUUUAUUGAACCGUGCUCGGGCGAAUUUUAGAUGACUAAAAAUAUCCUCACUAAGAUGUGUCAUGAUUACAUUUUCUAUCUGCUAGAAACACUCAUCUGCAUUUAAUUCUCAAGCUUCAAUUGUGCUGAGUUUGAAGGUUUGACAAGGUGCUUGGAUGAUGAUAAUUUGCGGUAGGAAGUGGUCAUUUUGGAUCGCAAGUACGCAAUCAAAGUUCUGCAUUAGCAUUGAAUAGAGCCUUCAAUUACAUAAUUCACUCAUGUCACCAAUUUAUGAAAGUGCUUUUGUGAUUUUCUCAAACUUGAGAUUUCAAUACAAGUAAAAUUGUUCAUCAUCACUUGAUAUUUUUAAAUUAAGCUCAAUUUGUAUGUAUUUUAUCAUUUUUACGCACCAAAGGAAACAAGGUUUUCCUCAACUUCUUCGGAAAUCCUGCAUCACAAUGCACGAUACUUUAUGACCCUUUGAAAAUAAAUCUGCCAGAAUAUUG